AUGCGGCUGGUGGUGCUAUCCAUUGUGCUGCUUGCUCAGCUCGUUCAAGCGGAAUUUACACCACAUUUUCGAAAAUUCAUUCAUGAUAAUUUUGGUGUAAGCAUUGCCACUUCAUUGGAACGUACGGAUCUCGGUAUGGAUGCAUCAUUUGGUGGUCAGCUGAACGAAGACGAUAAGCCACAAAAGCAAGCCGUCAUAAUAGUUCAUGGAAUCACUAAUAAAAUUACACGGUUUAUGCCGAUGGUACAUUUCCUGCAUUCACAUGGUUACCGUAAUUCAGAAGUGUACGGUACAACAUGGGGUGAUGCUGGUGCGACACCCAUUGGUCUUGUUGAUAUGAAAUGUUCCUAUGUGAAGCAGAUAAGGAGUUUCAUCAUUGCCGUUCGGCAGUAUACCGGCACUCAAGUAGACGUGCUGGCCUACUCGAUGGGAGCACCCAUAGCACGGAAAGCUAUUCUUGGUGGAAACUGUAUGGACACGCGAGAGAUUCUCGGUCCUCCACUAACUGAAAUUAUCGACACAUUUGUCUCUGUCGCUGGAGCGAAUCAUGGCAGUGUACUGUGCUUGGUGCCUAUUCCAGUUGGCACUUGUAACAGAAGGACCGGUUUACACUGCGAUUCCGUCUUCCUGCAGGAUAUCAACAAUCAGUCCGGAUAUGAAGGAACCUAUGUCUUCAGCAUUUUCUCAACGGCUGAUGAAAAGGUCUGUCAUGAGUUUCUUAAGAUUGGCUUCCGAUCAUGUGGCAAGCCAGUUUCACCGAUCAAAGGUGGUACAGGUUAUGUGAAAAAGGAUGGAUUGAGUCAUGAUCAAGUUAUGGACGGAACACAACAUUUACAAAUGAAUUUCAUGACGAAGCAUGCCCCGACGUAA